AUGGGUUCUGAUUCUGUACACCCGGACAAAAACUCAGACAGCAGCAGCGAUGGUGGGUUUUUCAAAAGCACGCUGAAGCCAAUGGGCCGGACGUGUUGCUUCUGGUUCAAGCUGAUGCCUCCCAUAAGGUGGCUGCAACAGGGUGCUCGGGCAAUCCUGCGGGAGCAGGGGUUGAUCCUGGCGUGCUUCAAGUGGCUCUUGUUGUCGCGCCAAGAGUACCAGAUUCUGAAGAAGGCCAAGGAGCUCUUCAAGACCGUGAAUGUGCAGACGGGGUGCUGCGCGGAUUGCCCCUACAAGCAGCUCAACAAGAUGGAGAGGAUGUACUUGCAUCGCAUCCUCAAGGACAACUCGCGCUGGGGGGCCAACAAGAAGUUUAUCAAGACCUUCCAGGAGCAAAUCAUCGACAUGCAGAAGAAGGACAGUGACGGAGGAGAGACCAUCACAGAGGGGGAGUUCUGCAAUGCCGCGCUCUACGCAGUGCAGGAGUACAUGGAGAAGAUUGUGGACCAGAUGGCCCACGAAAUCAAGAAGGAGUACAAGAAAGACGAAGAGAUGGCGGAAGCGCCCUGA